UCGGAGAAGGAGACGAGCCUGCAGGGCGACGAGAUGCUCCGAGCCGGGUCCCAGGAAGCAGAGCCCGGAGGGCGAGGGGCUCUCCUCCUCCUCCACUGAUCGGCACUCGCGACCCAAGCUCAAAGGAAAACAAAAACGAAAAAAAAUGGGCUUUGAGAACGCCACGGAGGAGAAGCGCUGGGGGAUGGCUGACUUUGCAUAUAAUUUGUCUUCGCAGCCUGAACUAUUAAGGAUGGCCAACUUCACCAAUGGCAAUUUCACCAAGGAAAACACCGCUAAGUAUAAAAUCGUGGAAAUGAUUUUCAUAGUUACUGUAACUGGGUCACUUAGUCUUGUCACUGUGGUUGGAAAUAUCUUGGUCAUGCUGUCCAUCAAAGUGAACCGCCAACUUCAGACCGUCAACAACUAUUUCCUCUUUAGCCUGGCCUGUGCUGACUUGAUAAUUGGCAUCUUCUCAAUGAAUCUCUACACCGUGUAUAUUGUCAAGGGCUAUUGGCCACUUGGGGCUGUAGUAUGUGAUCUCUGGCUGGCGCUAGACUAUGUAGUGAGUAAUGCCUCUGUCAUGAACUUACUCAUCAUCAGUUUUGAUCGCUAUUUCUGCGUUACGAAACCAUUGACCUACCCAGCUAGGCGGACAACCAAAAUGGCUGGACUGAUGAUUGCAGUGGCUUGGAUAUUAUCCUUUAUCCUCUGGGCACCUGCCAUAUUGUUUUGGCAGUUCAUUGUUGGAGAGAGGACAGUACCAGAAGGACAGUGCUACAUUCAGUUCCUCUCCAACCCGGGUGUAACCUUUGGCACAGCCAUUGCUGCUUUCUACCUCCCAGUGGUUAUCAUGACUGUGCUGUACAUCCACAUCUCAUUGGCCAGCCGGAGCCGUGUGAGAAGGCACAAACCAGACAGUAAGAAAGAGAAGCGGACUAAGCCACUCAGCUUUCUGAAAAGCCCUCUGGUCAAGCAGAAUAACAACAAUUCUCCCAAGAAAGUGGUGGAGGUGAAGGAGGAAGCAAAAAAUGGGAAAGUAGAAGAGCAGCCCCUGCAACCAUCUGAAACUACUGGUCACCAAGAGGAGAAAGAAACCUCUAAUGAAUCCAGCACAGUAAGCAUCACCCAGACAAAUAAAGAGAAACAAGGGCUGGAGAUUGUACCAGCCGAUACAGGCGAGAGCCCUGCCCAUCCUCGGAUCAACCCUGCCUCUAAGUGGUCCAAAAUUAAGAUAGUCACUAAACAAACUGGGAGUGAAUGUGUCACUGCCAUUGAGAUUGUCCCAGACAAAGAAGCCCGUUCUACCCCAAUUACCUUAUCAAACAGCCGUCCAGUUAACGUCGCCAGGAAAUUUGCUAGCAUUGCCAGGAGUCAGGUUAGAAAGAAGAGACAAAUGGCAGCUCGGGAGAAAAAAGUCACCAGAACCAUUUUUGCCAUCUUGUUGGCUUUCAUUUUGACAUGGACACCUUACAACGUGAUGGUCCUCAUUAAUACUUUCUGCAACUAUUGUAUUCCUGAAACAGUCUGGUCCAUUGGAUACUGGUUGUGCUAUGUCAACAGCACCAUCAACCCAGCUUGUUACGCCCUUUGCAACGCUACCUUCAAGAAGACCUUUAAGCAUCUUCUUAUGUGUCAGUACAGGAACAUUGGUACCGCAAGAUAAUCUGGAUUUGGUAGGGGGUGCUCAGCAAUGGGGUUUUGUGUGGAGAUUUGUUAUUCUCCGACCAGAUAAAUCUAUUAUUCUUAGUCAUACCAUUAAUUACUAGAUGGAGCCUUUCACCAAAUGCAGAAUCAGAACCAGUGAAACAUACUCUUUCAACUUACUUGGCUCUUGAAUAUUCACCAAGAAAUAGGCAGAGAUUCCACCCAGAUGAUUCUCUUGACUGUGCUUCUUCAGAAAACAAAGAAGAAGGAAGCUAGGGAUUAGAUAUGGUUUCGCCAAACAGACAGACCUUGCUCUUUGCCCUGCUGCUCUUGAUACAUCAUAAACUUUCAUGAUCUUUUAAUUUCUGUCUGACUAAACUAGGAUGCCUCUAUUGGUGGCUGGGUGGUACAUUAGAAAAGAAAUGCAACAAAAAAGAUCCUUCUUUCCUUGGAUGCAUUGCUGGCUUUAUACUUGCGUGCUCAUAUGAGACAGAAAGAGCAGCAAGGAACAACAGGGUUAAUUAAUUAACGCAGUGAAAGUGAAAACAAAAACAUAUUAUUUCAGUACCAGUCAUCAAGCUGUAUCAAUUUCUAUUUGUAUGUUCUUGGACUUUGUCUA